AUGGAAACCUACUACAUGAAACGAUCCAUAUUAGAUGAUCAAGAAAGUUCUGAAAGUGGAUAUUCUUAUCAAGUGCACUCCGGAAAUCCGUCAGUCUUUACGGCAUUUUCAUCGGAGGACACAGAUAUAGGAAAGCUACCGCAGUUUGGUUAUCCGCCAGUGACAUUGGGCAAGUUUUCAAUAAAUGACGAGCCGCAUUAUCUGGAUUUAAAAAAUUAUUAUCCUAAUUUACCUGAUUAUGGAUUGGUGGAUUCUUAUGGAAAACCUGUCAGUUAUAAAUCUUACGCAUUUCCUGAAUAUAGUAGUUACCAAGACUUUGACAAUGUACCAGUUCUGACUGGUAAUUACGGCCUGGAUGAUGAUAAUAGCAAAUAUGAGGUGGGAAACGGUAAGAGUUAUAAAUCAGACCACAACACCGCCCAAGGUGAGAAAAGCGAAAGCGGUUAUAAAAACUUUGAUGAAUACGAAAAAGGGACAAAGGGCAGAUACGAAAAGGAAGGCUUUAAGGGACAUUACAAUCAAGAAGGCGGCAAUAAAGCGGGCCAUUACGAUGUAGCAAGCAAGUUUGGAAGUAAACACGAGUCGGGCAAAGGAAACAGGGGGGAAUCAUUUAAACAAGCCAAGGGCCACAAGAAAGGCUCGAAAACUACGGGCUUCCACAAUGUUUAUCAUAAAGAUGAAUACAAAAAGGAUCACAGUUUUUAUGACGAGGCUGACAAGAGCGGACACUUCAACAAAUAUGGAAGCUACAAAGGUGGACACGCCAGUAACGAGGGCAGCUUUAAGAAGGGAGGGUUGCGGAAUUCAGGCUUUAAAGAAACAAAUCACGGAAAAGAAGGAUUUUCGGAUAAAGGAACGGAAGAAGAGGCAUCAGAGGGAUACAAAGGUAGGAAUGGCAAAGAGGCCUAUCAAAAGGAUUAUUCUCAGUACAAACAUAAGCAAGGAAAUGAAAACGGCAAGGAAUAUGCCUACAAUGAUCGAUCUAAAGAAGAUUAUUGAAAGUUCAUCUUGUUAAUUAGUUGUUUUUAUUAAUUUUACCAUGUUACACUAAUAAUUAAAUUAUUUUUUUUUG